ACAUUCUCAGAGUCGUGACAGAUAAUAGGAAAAACAUAAUCAUGCUUUGCCUAUAACUUGAUUGCGUUUUAUUGCUGCGGAUCAGUGUAGUAGUGAACUGAAUACAAUCUAUUCAGUUCAUUUACUGGGAGGCCCAGUCGUAGUCGUGACUGCUAUUUUAAAAAUCCGGAGUAAUCCGCUCAUAUGACAGAUCAGUAACUGUGAACAAAUCACAGAUCAUGAAAUCACAUCUCUAGAUCAAAUUCUUCAGAUGGCUCGAAAAAUAAUCAAGAAGAUGUAAUAAAUAAUAAUAAAGAACAUAUGACAAUGUUUUUGUUAAGAACUUUAUCAAUAGCAAGUAGUAGAUCGCGGUUUCCUUACCAAAAAAAUGGAUUGCUCUUUGCUAAAUCCCUUCACGAUAAAACGCGUGAGAAAAAAAUUAAAUUUUAUUUCGUUAAUAGAUACAUUUUAUACCUCAGAGAUUAUGAAAAGCAUAUUGAGAAACGUUUCCCAAAUGCAGUGGGAUUGUAUAGAUCUUUCAUGGAGGGAACAAGAAACUUUAUACGAGAUGUUAAGCUAUACUACAGCAUUGUUCGUGCCAUAAAUAAAAAACAGAAAAUUCUUCGUGAUUUCACACGCAAAGAAAUUGAAUUAUAUGAUCAGUUACCAAGAGAUAUGUUGAAGUUAACACCAAUACUAUUAUUUUCAGCAUUACCAUUUACUAAUUAUGUUAUAUUUCCAUUGAUAUAUUUUUUUCCGAAGCAGUUGCUCUCUCAGCAUUUCUGGUCUAUUCAGCAAAGAGUAGAUUUCAGCCGAUCAUUUUUACAUGAUAGAUUACUUCAUAAUAAACCGAUAUUCCGGCAUUUACAAGAACAAUUGAGUAAACUGAAGGGUCAUGAGUUGUAUGAGCCUUGGAGGGAUAUACUGGGAAAAAUUGGUAGUGGCGUACAACCAGAUGUAGAUCAGAUAUUACAAUGCCGUGACCUUUUUAUUAAUGAACCUUAUAAUUUAAGUUAUCUGAGGGGAAACCAUAUUAAACAUCUCUUACGUUUACACAAUAUGAAUACUUCAUUUUGGUUCAGAAGAGGUAGAUUGGCUGAUAAAGCACUUAUUCUUAAAGAAAUGGAUUUAGCCAUUUUGAGAGAAGGGGGUGUGCAUAAUAUGCCAAUUGAAGCUUUAAAAAUGUCUUGUUAUAUUAGGGGUUUGAAUCCGACAAACAUGAAGAAUGAAGAUAUGAUCAAUUGGUUAAAUAAAUGGAUUCAAGUUUCAAAAUCAAUCGACCAUGACAGUGCAUCCUUGUUACUUCACUCACCAAUUUUACUUGGAUAUAAUGAAUCGUCUAAUUGGACUCUUAUUUAUGCAAAUGAAAGAAAACAGAUUCUGUGACUUUUGUGAUAUGUUUAUGCUAUUGAAACCAAAUAUUAUUAAAAAAAAAGUUUAUUUAAAAAA